GUGCAAAAAUUAUAAAACGAAUAUUUACACCACAUUUCCGCUGCAAUCAAUAGAAACCUCGACUAUCUAUUCAUAUACUGGAUUUCAUCAUAACAUUGAUUAUGUCACACAAAAUUUCGCAUGGCAUUAGUGAUUUGCACAUAACGUCGGAAACUGUUAAAUAAAUUUAUUCAAAAAUAUUUAUUAUACAACUCAUCAAUGUUUGCAGGUGACUAAAGCGCCUCAAAAGCUGCCGAAAAGCAAAAGUUAAAAGUGUUACGCAUGAUCAAAUGUCUUAGUCACAUAUUAAUAAAUAUUUACACAUGCAAAUUAUUUUGCGACGCUGAAAUUAAAUUUUACACAAUGCAUGCGAAACCUGAAAAGUCACGAAAAUCAGAUAAAAUGACAAAGGUUGUCAUUGGCGGCCACACGCAUAUAAAUUCUUAAACAAAAAUUUUUAGUGCCGAAAAAUGUGUCAGAAAAAAUUGUAAAUCAAAGCGCUAAUAAGCUUUUCAACUUGUAAAUUAAGUGUUUAAAAAUUGUGCAUUCGCAAAAGUAAAUUUGUGUUGAAAACUUUGUAUCGGCACCGGCUCUCAUUCAAGCGAAUUCAAUUGGAGUAUUCAGUUAUUUUCACUGGUUUUUUGAAUCAACAAAUCACAGCAACAAAAUGCUGGCCGUCAAGAAUUUCUUCUUACCCGAGCGGCCCGCAACAGCUAAGCCGCCUGAAACGCCACAGCGUUUCUCACGCAUGCCUGAAGCUUUUCUACGCUCCAUACGACGCCGUUCGCUGCGUGUAAAGCGCGCCAAAAGUUUGGUUGUACCCGAUCGCGAGAAGCGGAAAUCAGACUCCUUUGUCAAUAGUCAAGAAUGGACGAUCUCACGUUCAGUGCCCGAUUUGCGUUUGGGCAUUGUUGGUUCACUGAACUCAGGCAAAUCAGCUUUAGUGCAUCGUUAUUUAACUGGUUCCUAUAUGCAAGAGGAGUCGCCUGAGGGCGGGCGCUUUAAGAAGGAAGUAUUCAUAGAUGGCCAAAGUUAUUUAUUACUGAUACGAGAUGAGGGUGGACCACCAGAAAUGCAGUUUGCCGCUUGGGUUGAUGCCGUGAUUUUCGUCUUUAGUCUUGAGAACGAGAGCAGUUUCAAUACAAUCUACAAUUAUUAUAAUAAAAUGGCGCAUUUUCGCAAUGGUCAAGAUAUACCAAUGAUUUUAGUUGGCACACAAGAUGCCAUUAGUGAGCGAAAUCCCCGUGUGAUCGAUGAUUCGCGCGCGAGAAAGUUGGCAAAUGAUCUGAAACGUUGUUCAUAUUACGAAACGUGUGCGACAUAUGGACUCAAUGUAGAACGCGUUUUCCAAGAUGCUUGUCAAAAGAUCCUCCAGCAGCGCAUUCCCCUACCUCCCACCGUGAAUUCCCGACCCACAACGCCGCAAGGCACACGCCUCGGCAUCGCCUCCUAUCAUCACAAUUCCAACAAUCAUGGCGGCGCCAAUGCGAAUGGCUUCUCGGCCUCCACCUCGUCGGUGCAGGGCGCCGUCUCCACUAGCAAUCUGACGCUGCCGCACCGCCAUCACGCGCUGUCCACAUCGUCACAUCACAUACCGAUGCGCAUGAGCGCCGAUUUUGUGCACAGCGAACAGCAACAGCACAGCUUGCCACCCAAUCAGAAAGCGUGGCAGCAGCAACAACAAAAAGAACAGCAGCAACGUGAUCGUGAACUCUCGAUGCUCACGAAUGAGAAUAAUAACAUCACCAAAUUUACACCGACACAUCACCAGCAGCAACAGCAGCUCCAGCAACAACAGCAGUACUCUCAACAACAAUCAAAUCACCAAGCAGCUGAAAGUUUACCACCCUUGAGUUUGGUGCCGUUACGUGAGAAUAAGGAUAAUGGCAGUGGUGGUGGUGGUAGCGGCGGCGGCGGCGGUGGUAAGGAUCUGCCGACACCCACAUCCACGCCCACUACAAGUCGCAAAAGUCGACGGCGUUCAAAUCUCUUCAUACCCUCCUCCUCCAAGAAGGGCGAGAAAGAUUUGAAGAAUGGCGAAUUGGGUAGCGGACGAUCCAUACCAAUCAAGCAGGGCUACCUCUAUAAGCGCUCCAGCAAAUCGCUUAACAAGGAGUGGAAAAAGAAAUAUGUGACGCUCUGCGAUGAUGGACGCCUUACAUAUCACCCUUCGCUACACGAUUAUAUGGACGACGUGCAUGGCAAGGAAAUACCGUUGCAAUAUGUAACAGUGAAAGUGCCGGGCCAAAAGCCACGCGGUUCGAAAUCGAUCAUCACCAAUAGCGCACUUACAACAUCAAUGCACGCGAAUGGACGCAGCCACGGACAGAAUGGACUAAGCGAGGGCAUUGGCUGUCUGUCGAUUGUGAAGGACAAUAAAGAGAAGAAGAUGACCGAAAAGGUGCUGCUCACCGCUUUCGACACGCUGCGUGAGCCAGUGAAAUCGAACUCUUCGCAACAGACCAGUGGCGAUGAGGGCAUCGCUAUGUCCAACUCCAACUCACAGACAUUCAUUGCUGGCAGUGAUAGCCAGCAACAGCAGCAACAACGCGAACUACUGGCCGUCAAUGCGGCCAACAAAUUGGAAUCUCAAACGCCCAAUGUUAAGAAACGUCAUCGACGCAUGAAAAGCAGCAGCGUCAAGUCGAAUGAAGUGGACGAUUCGGAUAUUUAUGAGUUCUUCAUUGUAUCGCUGGAUUCGAAACAAUGGCACUUUGAGGCGGCAAGUUCCGAGGAUCGUGACGAAUGGGUAGCUGCUAUUGAGCAGGAGAUCUUCAAAAGUCUACAGGGUAUUGAGAGCACGAAAACCAAACCGGCGACCACUAGUGAGCUGGCCUCAAUGGUGGCGAUACGCACACGAGUGCCGGGUAAUGGCUAUUGCGUCGACUGUGAUGCGCCGAAUCCCGAGUGGGCCAGCUUAAAUCUGGGUGUGCUCAUGUGCAUCGAAUGCUCGGGCAUUCAUCGCAACUUGGGCUCACACAUUUCCAAAGUCCGUUCGCUGGGCUUGGAUGAUUGGCCGGCUGGUCAUCUCAGUGUAAUGUUGGCCAUAGGCAAUAGUUUGGCCAAUUCGGUGUGGGAGGCAAACACGCGUCAACGUAGCAAACCAAAGCCGAAUUCAACGCGUGAAGAGAAGGAAGCGUGGAUACGUAGCAAAUAUGAGGCUAAAGAAUUUUUAGCACAGUGCAAUGCGUAUACAAAUACAACGCCGGGACAGCAAUUAAUUGAAGCGGUGAUCAGAUCGGACAUUAAAUCGAUCGUCUUGAUACUCGCCACCGCUAAUAGUGAAGUGACCAAUGCCAAUGUGAGUCCACGUGAUGUGCGAACACCAUUGCUGUUGGCCUGCGCCAUCGGAAAUUUGGCCAUAGCGCAACUGCUCAUUUGGAAUGGUGCCAACAUCAAGCAUGCCGACCAUGAAGGACGCACCUGCCUGGCAUAUGCGCGCGCCGCACAAUCACUGGCCACCGCCAAAUCACUAAAGGCCGCCGCAGCAGCAGCAGCCGCCGCCAACGCUGCUAAUGGCUGCAAUACGAACACGAACUCGAGCACCGCAAGCAAUACGAGUUCCUGCUCCUCAACCGCAUCCACCACAGCGACGACCACAACGACCAGCAAUGCGACGAAUAGCGCUGCAGCUAGUGGUGCAGCGGCAGCAGCAGCAGCAACCACAAACGGUGGCAUACCGGCGCCGCAAUAUAGUGUAGAGGAGACCACAGCACUGGUAGAGCUGUUAACAAGCUUGGGUUGCCCAGAAUCGGCGCCGCUGACGGCGAGUGGCACGCUACCGCGACGACGCGACACACUCGGCACGCCCUAUGAGAAGACCGUAUCGGGUGUCAUAUAAAGGACUAGUACGGUGAUGAUUGGGAGUGGGAAAGCAGCGCAUAUUGUGCGCUCGCGAUUAGUGCUAAGUUUUUAGUCUAAGUUAAAUGCUGUUCAACAGUUGAGGUAUUUGAGUAGGAGUAGGAGUAGGAGUAGGAGGACGAGAAGUGCAAGUGAAAGUGCAGUAAUGGCUGAAAACAGGCCAAAUUAUACAUACACACGUGUAGUUGUUGUAAAAUAGUUAUCUUAUAUCUAUUAUAUAUUUAUGUACGUCUGUCCAAAGUUAGGACUCAGUGAAGUAUGAAUAAUUUUCAGCAUGCACAUAGAAAGUGUCGUCGAUGUGGAGCUAUAAAACGAUAUUUUUUAAAAAUAUGUUUAAUUAUAUUGAACUUUUAAUUAGCAGGAAAUAAUAUUGGUUAGUUUUUAUUUCACAUUUUAAAGCUGUAUGUUUGAAUAAAACCAAAAAAUCUGUAUGUACAUUAACUGAACGAAAUAAAAAUGAGAAAUCCACGUAUUUCUCAAUGGAUAAGCUUUUGAGCUCAGCAAGCUUUCAGUUGUUAAAUUAUUUUACUGCAAUGCUGUUAAUACUAGAUUUAAUAAUUGGUCUAAUGAAGAUGAGGAAAAUGUAUAGUAAGUUUGUAAGCCUGUAUUUUUUUUUCCUUUUUUAUUUGUUUACACACAUAAGUAUAUGUUUUCCGUAUGUGCUAUGCUGUAAAAUGCUGUAGACUUUAGUAUCCCAUACUCGCGCAGAGUGCGUAAUGUUUAGCGAACUUAGAGAAGUAGGCAUAAACUUAGAAGAAUGUUUUAAGCAAUGCAGACCCCUAAGCGGCAAGCAAUUGCUGCACCUCAGUUUAUUUUUAAACACAUAUAUAUAUAUACGUUAGACCUUAAUAAUAUGUAUGUAUGCCCAAGCAUAAGCCGACAGGCGGUUUUAAUUAGCAAAUUACGUGUGUGGAAAAUAUUUGAAAAGCUAAGAAAUGCAAAAAUCGCUUUUAUUUAAGUUUAUUUAUGUUACCAUUAUUUAUUUUUUAAUUUCUACCAAAAUAUAGUUGAAAAUGGCAAUCGUUAACAUGGCGUUGAAGUAUAAAUAUUAAACAAUUUAAAUUUUUUGCGGCGGGUGUUCAAAUAAAUUUUAAAUAAAAAUAUAAAUGAAGUAAUGAAUAAGUAAAAGCAGCACCACGAAAAAGUCAAAAUAAUCAAAAAAUCUCUAAAAACUCGAAAUUUCUCGUCUCUUUAAAGUGUCUCGCAAGUCGAAGUGUCGGCCAUUGGUCAAACUACAGCUACAAAAUUAUUACUAAUAUUACUAAAGUGUCUCGCAAUUUUUGCAAGCUUUAAGCGCUUUAUUUUUAUAAAGGAACUUACUUUCUUUGCUUCAAUGAUGGUUAAAGAAAUAAUGCAAAUAUUUUAAAAAAUCAUCAAAUUCAUUCAAAUAUGAAGUUCUUCAAAACUAAACAAUAUCUUUCAACAAAAGGAAAAAUCCGCUUCAAAAAUUGGAGACAAUUCACAAAUCUUUAUUGUAAAAUAGAAUUUAUUUCGCGCACUGGUAAAGCGUUUUACGGUAGGUAGGAAGGUAGAGGAAAGUGGCAGUCGGUCUUUAAACCAACUGACUUACCAACUCAAACUAUCUGCUACUCCUCGUUAAACCACUUUGUUUUGAGUACAAACUUAUUGAACUGGCUUAUAUCCCUAAGGUCAUC